AUCAGGAAUGAGGUGUCGAGAGUGAUUAAUGUAAGUUGUAGAACUUCCUUUCCUUCACAAUCGACCUAAAAUAAAUUAUGUAUAAACUAAUGCUUAUAUCUAGUGCCAUUGCAGGUACUUCUCAUUUAUCGAAAGACUGCAAAUUAUGCUUUGACUAUAUUUUGUACAAACUUGGAUGGGCUGGAGUUACUUUAUUUAGGAUCUUUUUGCAGGAAUGCUUUCUGGAUUUUUUUUCUUCUUUUUUUUUUGAUUUUUUAAAUAAUCCCAACAUGUUGUCAUUUAUUUGUCAGUAAAAACUAAUUUUUUACAUUAAAGCAUGCUUGGUAAAUACAUGAUAUAACUUAAAGCCUAUAAAAAUUUUCGGCAAUACGUGUGAUUUUCUUUCAUUAUUAGAUUAAAAAUGUUAUUUCGCCAUAAAAGAUUGAGUAAAGUAUUUUUGUUACAUUUUAACAACUAGAUCGGGGUUUAUCGACUCUGUUGUAAACUGAACGACAGGCAAGUAGAAUGUUCAAACCAAUGGUUGUAUGUGUUAUAAUAGUCGGAAUAAGUGAUGUAACUGAAACAAAGACUCAGUAUAGGAACAGCUACAUUCUUCGAUAUAAUGGAACUUUGGGAGAAGCCGCUAUAUUGGAGAUAUCCGAAUAUGGUUACAAAUUAGAAAAACGGAUCUUUGAAGGAUAUUACCAAUUUCGUAAAGAUGUAUCAUUAACACGUAGUGCUGAAAGCGCAGACGACAACAUGGAGGACUUAAAGAUUAGAGAUAAAAAGUUUGUCUCAUUUCAACAAGAAGAGGUGUAUUACAGGACGAAGCGUUUGAUACAAAAAGAUCGAAAGCGACGUUCAGUUUCCAUAUCAGAUGCGAACUGGACAGACCAGUGGAACUUGAACCCAGGUCAUGUGCCGUCUAUGGGUGUGUAUAGUGUCUGGGGUAAAGGGUACAUGGGACAAGGCGUCACUGUAGCAGUAAUUGACGAUGGAAUUGAUGUUACACACGUUGACCUUACAGAUAACUACAACGUUUCUCUAAGCUACGACUAUAUUUACAACACGGCGGAUGCAUCGCACGCUAAUGUUGGAGAAGGGCAAGGUACAAACUGUGCUGGAAUCAUUGCGGCAGGACGAAACGAGCACUGUGUCAUCGGAAUAGCGUACGAAGCUAAAAUACUAGCGAUUCGUCUUGUGGAUAGCGUAUAUGGUGCCACGCCAUCAGAAGAGGCGUCUGCCCUGAUUCACCAGCUAGAAAAUAUAGAUAUAUACAGCAACAGUUGGGGACCUGAAGAUGACGGCGCUGGUUUUGAUCCUUCUGAUGGUAUCUCCUCCAUCCAGGAGGCAGCAUUACUUAAGGGAGUAACAGAGGGUAGAAAUGGUAAAGGAGUGAUUUACACUUGGGCAGCAGGAAAUGGAGGUGCCUAUUUUGACGAUUGUAACGUUGAUGGAUACUCCAACACCAUCUAUUCUAUAUCUAUCAACUCUCUGGCGCCGGACACUGCACCUGCAUGGUAUGCCGAGGAAUGCACAGCAGUAAUGGCGGCUACUUACGGUGGAGACGACACACAAGACACAGUUGCAACAACCAGCCCGGGUAACCAGUGUAUAGACGACUUUCAAGGAACGUCUGCUGCAUGUCCGGUUGCUUCAGGAAUCAUCGCAUUAGUGCUUCAAGCGAAUCCUGACCUGACAUGGAGAGAUGUACAGCAUUUGAUUGUUGAGUAUUCUACUAAUACCGGACUUACGAAUGCUUACUUCUAUACCAACGCAGUCGGGAAGAAAGUUAGUCUGAGCCAUGGCUUUGGAUUGAUGAAUGCCGAGGCGAUGGUGGAUGUCGCCCCCACAUGGAUUACUGUACCUAGUCAGAUAAGCUGCCAAGGAACAACUCAAUACGUAUAUAAGUCGUCGACAGCAUUAACAUCAAUUGUUAGCACAUGGACAAAUGAGUACUGUUUUAUCAAGUACCUUGAGCAUGUACAGGUUAGCAUCAGUUUCCAGGCGGAAUACAGAGAGAACACACAAAUAUACCUCGUGUCUCCAGGGGGUACAGAAAGCCGGAUACUGCGUGAGAGACCGAAUGAUAUAGAAACUGGGACUGUUUCUUGGAAAUUUAUGUCACUUCACACAUGGGGUGAAAACCCUUCUGGAACGUGGACACUUAGAAUGGAUUCUUCACUUUCAAGUAAUACAUUGAACCUUAACACAUGGUCACUAACAUUCUUUGGUACUGCUACAGAUCCGCUACAUGGAAUUGAAGAUGGUAAUGUUUUAAUUAAAAGAAUUCUGAAACAUGACAUUGUUGCAUGCUAGACUGUUUCAG